AAACCGGAUCCACCCGACUCUCCGAAGUCACCUUUCCCCUUUUUGCCCCGUCUCUCUCUCUCCUCUUCUCUUUCUCUUCUCUUCUCUUCGAUUUAUUUUUGUUUGUUUGGCCUGGUGUUUUGUUCGCAUACGCGAUUUCGCGAAGAAAAUUUUCGAUUCCUGGAUCGAUUGGAAGGCGGAUUCGAUUACUCCCUCCGUUGGAUUGUCUCCGUUGCUGUUUGUGGAUCCGUGUUGUUGUGUUUGGAUCGGGAAAUUGAAAAACCCUAGAAUUUUGAGGGAGAUUUGAUCCAUUUCGUCGCGAAUUUAGGGUUUGUUUCUUCUCCGGCGGGGUUUUUUUUUCUGGGUUUGGAUCUAAGGUAAUCGAAUAUUUGGUUUGGGGAAGAACAUCGGAGGAUUUCGCGAGGAGUUGUGUAUUGAUGUUGUUCGAAGGGGAAGAUGAUAGAAGGCUAUGCAUGGGAGGGUUUGUGAGGGGAGGACCAAAAGUCGUCGUCGGCACAUGUUGAUAUCUUCCUCGCGUGUAAUUGCGAGUGUGGAAGGUGGUGGUUCUUCGUGUUUGUCCCUAUCUUCAUCUACCUCGUUCUGUAAGCAGGACGGACGCAGAAUUAGUGUUGGUGACUGUGCUCUGUUUAAGCCACCACAGGAUUGUCCACCGUUCAUUGGGAUAAUUCGCUUGAUCAUUGCUGAGAAAGAAAAUAAGUUGAAGUUGGGAGUAAAUUGGCUAUAUCGACCCACAGAAUUGAAACUUGGCAAAGGCAACCUUCUAGAGGCUGAGCCGAACGAACUCUUUUAUUCCUUUCACGAGGAUAAUAUACCUGCUGCAUCCUUACUGCAUCCGUGCAAAGUUGCCUUCCUUCCAAGAGGUGUUGAACUGCCAUCUGGUAUCUGCUCGUUUGUGUGUCGGCGAGUUUACGACGUAACAAACGAGCGCUUAUGGUGGCUGACUGAUCAAGACUAUAUUGAUGAUCGACAACUAGAAGUAGACAAGUUAUUGUGUAAGACUCGUUCAGAAAUGCAUACAACAUUACAACAGGGUGGUCGUUCUCCCAAGUCAAUGAAUAGUCCAACAACAUCGCAAGCGAAAGAUGGCAUCCAGAAUAAUAACUCUAUUCUCUCUCAGGGUAAGGGAAGGAAAAGAGAGCGUAUGGAUCAUGGUUCUGAGUCUGUUAAACGGGAACGUUCCUCUCGAAUAGAUGACAGUGGUUCUGGUCCCCUCAGAACAGAAAGCAGUUUAAAGUCUGAGAUUUUAAAAUUUACAGAGAAAGGGGGGCUGGUGGAUUCUGAAGGGGUGGAAAAAUUGGUGCAGCUCAUGCUGCCUGAGAGGAAUGAGAAGAAAAUAGAUUUAGUCUGCCGUGCAAUUCUUGCAGGGGUUGUAGCGGCAACAGACAAGUUUGAUUGCCUUAGUCGUUUUGUCCAGCUCAGGGGAUUGCCUGUGUUUGAUGAGUGGCUGCAGGAAGUUCAUAAAGGGAAAGUUGGGGAUGGAGGCAGUCCCAAAGACAGUGAUAGACCAGUAGACGAUUUCCUCUUAGUCUUACUUCGCGCUCUUGACAAGCUACCUGUGAAUCUCAAUGCGCUUCAGACUUGUAACAUUGGAAAGUCUGUUAAUCAUCUACGAUCACAUAAAAAUUUAGAAAUCGGCAAAAAAGCAAGGAGCCUGGUUGAUACAUGGAAGAAACGUGUUGAGGCAGAAAUGGAUGCGAAGUCUGGAUCCAACCAGGGUGUAUCUUGGCCUGGAAGACUGACUCACGGAGGGAGGCAUUCAGGUGGAUCCGCCGAGGCAAACAAGACAUCAUCGUCCCAGCUACAUGCUUCAAAGUGUGUUUCGGUCAAGGUGGAAAACAACCUGAAGCCUGUAGCCACAUCUCCAGGCUCCACAAGAUCAGCUCCAUCCCCUGGAUCAGGUGGUACCGUUUCUAAAGAUGGACAUCAAAGAAAUGCUGGGACUGGUGGUGUAUCUGAAGUCCUAGCUUCAGUUAAGGAUGAGAAAAGUAGCAGCUCUAGUCAGUCCCACAAUAACAGCCAGUCUUGCUCGAGUGAGCAUGCUAAAACAGGUAAUAUAUCUGGAAAGGAGGAUGCAAGGAGCUCAACUGCUGGUUCAACUGUGAAGAAGUGCUCAGGUGGCUCUUCAAGGCAUCGGAAAUCAAACAAUGUGUUUCAAGGAUCGGCUUCGUCAGCAUCCCCUAGAGAGGCUGGGUUGAGUAGAAGCUUCUCAUCACAAAGGAAUACCCCUUCUGAGAAAGUAUCCCAAUCAAGUUUGACAUCUGAAAAGACUCUUGAGGUGCCUCUGACUGAGGGUUGCAGUAAUAAAUUGAUCGUUAAGCUGCCGAAACGCGGUCGCAGUCCUGCACAAUGUGUGAGUGGAGGCUCUUUUGAGGACCACGCGCCAGUGAAUAGCAGAGCUUCUUCCCCUGUGGAUGCGGUGAAGCAGGAAUUGUGUGACAAUAACAUGAGAGAAAAGAUUCAUUCUUCUCGAGCAAACGAGAGUUCUGUCUUGAACGCCGAGUCUUGGCAAAGUAAUGAAUUAAAGGAUAUUAUGACAGGGUCCCAUGAGGCUGCUGGUUCGCCAAUUGUCGUUGCUGACGAGAACAGGGCUCUUAAAGAUUCUGGAAAAGCUGCAGUGAAUGUUAAAGGCAUAUCUUCGUCACUAGGAAAUGAGUUUAAAUCUGAAGAAAGGCAUGGUGGAACACUCAGUUCCAUGAAUGCUUUGAUUGAAAGUUGUGUUAGGUACUCCGAGACAAAUGCCUCUUUGGCUGGUUCGGAUGAUGUUGGAAUGAAUCUUCUUGCCAGUGUGGCUGCUGAUGAGAUGUCUAAAUCGCCAGUUGCAUCACCCUCAGUAUCUCAGCCUUCGAAUUCCUUGAUGAAUGAAAACUCUACUGUAGGGAACAAUACAAAGUUAAUUGCUGUGGAUGGCUUGCCUCGCGACAAACAUGAAGCUGUUACUCAGGAUCGCACCACUUGCAGUAACGAGCAAGGUGAUCAACAUGUUAGCAGUAGUAGCAUGCAGUUAGUGGAGAUCAAGAAUGAUUCCAAGAUUGGAGAUUUUGAUAAGAGCUCAAAUUCAGACACUGAAGAUCUGCAAAAGUUGGUGGAUCAGCGCCUAGAGAGCAAUGACAAUUCAGAUGAUGUCGCUGCUUCACCUGCUUUGCCCACAACCACUGUUAAGGAGAAGAAUUUGGAUGAUAGUGACUUUGGGGAAGUAAAUGAGAGAAAGGCUGACGUAAAGUCAGAAGCAGAUUGCAUCUCUGACUCGACGAAAAGGAUAGCAAGCUCGAUGCUAACUGAAUGUAAAGCCAUCGACAUAUUUCGAAAGGUAGAUCCUAUGGCUGUUGAAGUCUCUCCAUCGGACGGUGUUGGUGACAGCAAGAAAGAAGAGUUAUCACCAGCGGCAUUGAGAUCUGAUCUAGUUAAAAAAUCUGGUGAAGAUGUACCAGUUGCUUCUGGGAUUUCAAGGGUUAUGGAUGAUGUGAGCGUUGAUAGACUGGUAACUGAAAAUGUCGAUAAUAUGGAGGUUAAUCAUAUAGACCAAAAAGAUAAAAAGAAGAUAAAGCAGGAUUGUGAUGCUUCUGUGGCUGUUGGAAAGGAUGCAUCAGCGGGUGUGGACUCAUCUGUAAGUAAAGGUAAAGUUAAGCCUGUAGAGGGGAAUCUAGAAAAUACGGAAGUCAAGGAACGGCACUCUGGGCCAAGAGCUACUCCAGGAGUAUCACCUAAAGAUGCAGAGGAUCUUAAGAGACCGAAUGGGUUGAAAGCCAGUGAUGCUGAUGGAGAAGAAGCAGAGGAAUGUACAUCUGCUGCUAGGGAUGCUUCUUCCGCAUCAACUGCAGCUUCAACUGGCUCAGAGAUGGAUGCCAGAGUUGAAUUUGAUCUAAAUGAAGGUUUUGAUGGAGAUGAUGCAAAACAUGGGGACUCAAAUAACUUCUCUGGAUCUGUAUUUUUGACGCCGUCUCCUCUACAACCAGUUAACACCCUACCUUUUCCGGCGGCCCUCGUAUCUAGUGUUCCUGCAUCCAUUACUAUUGCCGCUGCUGCAAAAGGUCCGUUUGUUCCUCCUGAAGAUCUAUUGAGAAACAAAGGGGCUGUUGGUUGGAGAGGAUCUGCCGCCACUAGCGCCUUCCGCCCAGCUGAGCCAAGAAAAGCUCAGGACGUGCUGCUGAGCAUUAACAAUUCCUCUACAUCUGAUGUCUCUACAUCUGCUGGUAAACAGACAAGGACGUUUCUGGAUUUUGACUUGAAUGUUCCUGAUGAGAGACUCCUAGAAGAUUUGGCUUCUCAAAGAUCUGGAAAUGCCACAAAUUGUACACCUGCUGUCACAAAUAGCUUUGACCAAGUACGUUCUGGGGUCAUGGGUUCAGCGCUUGAUCAUUCUUCUGGGGGCCUUGAUCUUGAUUUAAAUAAAGUUGAUGAUUCGACUGAUAUGAACAAUUACACAAUGAGCAGUGGUCAUCGGCUAGACUCAUCUUUUCAGCAGGUGAAAUUGUCAUCUCCAGGUGGGCGUAGAGAUUUUGAUUUAAAUGAUGGACCUGCUGGUGAUGACGCGGUGGUUGAGUCAUCUAUGGGUCUAAGUCAGCAUUCACGAAGUGGCUUGCCAUCACAGCCAUCUCUCUCUGGAAUACGAGUCAAUGGCGAAAACAUGGCUAGUUUCUCAACUUGGUUCCCUGCUGCCAACGCGUAUUCAGCAGUGAGCAUUCCUCCAAUCAUGCCCGAGAGAGGGGAUCAGCCUUUUCCAAUGAUUGCCAACCGUGGACCGCAGAGAAUGUUGGGUCCAACAACUGGUGUUUCCUCAUUUGCCCCUGAUGGGUACAGGGGUCCGGUUUUGUCGUCUUCUCCAGCCAUGCCGUUCCAGAACACAACGUUUCAGUAUCCUGUGUUUCCUUUCGGAAAUAACUUCCCGAUUGCCUCAGCAAAUUUCUCUGGUGGUUCUACAACACACAUGGAUUCUUCUUCAAGUGGGAGAGCUUGCUUUCCCGGUGUUAAUUCUCAAAUAUUGGGUCCUGGAGUUACUGUUCCCUCUAAUUACCCAAGGCCUUAUAUCGUUGGCCUCCCAAAUGGUGGUAGCAAUGCUGGAGUUUUGGACAAUAGCGCAAAAUGGUUUAGGUCGUCAGGACUUGAUUUGAAUUCUGGUCCUGGAGGUCAUGAAGCAGAGGGAAGAGACGAAUCAACACUUGUGCCAAGGCAAUUAUCCUCAUCUGCUUCCUUACCUUUGAAGGAGGAUCAAGCAAGAAUGUAUCAGAUGUCUGGCGGUGUUCUCAAGAGGAAAGAACCGGAAGGAGGAUGGGAUGGAUAUAGGCAGUCCUCUUGGCAAUAACAAUAUCCCGGAAUCUCAGUACGCCACGAGAGCUUUUAUGAAGAGAUGAGACUGACUUGUGAUGCCACAAGGCUUCAUUGGCUGGCCGGCUCUGUUCAAGAUGAUGAAUGGGUGAGUCAGUUUGCGACUUCACAGUGGUCUCGGUCUUUUAAGAACACAAAACCUGAUCUUAGUUUCACCAUCAUGUAGAUCUUCCAAGCAGUACCAAAAUUCACCGGCGUGGCCAUUCUCUUUCAGAAGAUUUGUCAACAAGGUUCUCAGCGAGAGACCCGCAUCAUUUGUUUCCUUUGCCUCCUCCCCACAGAGAGUUUUAAAAGGUGAACGAACACACACACUUUUUGGUCAUUCUUCUAAACAUGCAUGUGUGUAUCUCUAUACACCGGCACAAUAGACUACAGAGAGAUAAAACAAAUGUUGGUGGCUUUGAGUGUGUUCUAAUUUAUGAUAAAAGGUCUUUGGCAUUGUGGCUUUAGAUAUUUUAUGUGCUGCCUUAGGUGAUGGCGUUGUAUUAUAGACACAAGAUUAGUUACUUCUUUUUCUUCCCUUUUUUUUUUUUUCUGAAGUUUGUAGAUUUGUUACUUGUGCUAGUUCUGAUUUGAAAGUUCCAUGCCUCUUUCUUGUCACGCUUGUCUUUUGGUCUCCGAUUCAUAAUAACUUGGGGUUAUAGACUAAAUAAA